AAUAUCACGGGAUCUCCUCGAUAAUUUACAAGAUAGUGUUCUACAGUUGUUGAGAGAAAAUUCCUUAGUAAGCAAGUGUUUAUAAAUAAUAUCUGUAAAAAAGUAUAAGUCUCUACCAAAUUUCGAGGUACGGCGUUGACUACUCAAGGAGUUUAACCUCAAAUAUCUUCACAGUGUCCAUCGUAAUAUUUUUCAGUCCGAGUACAUACAACGAUCGAGUUAUGGAAAACAAAGAAGACACAAUUAGGGUGAAGGAGGAGCCGAAUGAUACUUGGCCAGAUCUAGGUGAAGAUUAUAAUUUCGAUUCGGAGAUCUUUUGCGAAGUUAAAAACUUUAAAAUCUCCCCGUUUCAUGAAUCACCGGCAAAUCGCGUGAAUGAGGAUAGUAAUUUACCCAAAAAGUCCGAAGAAAAUAUAUACGUAGGUUUUGAGUUCAAAUAUGUUAAACCUGAAUUGAAGCCUUUAUCAAAAAAAAAUUGCAAAACUGAGUAUCAAACUUGCCUACCUCUUGUGAAAUUAGAAAACAAAAUUCAAACCAGUCACUUGAUAGAAAAAAGUCCAAUCAUUUUGAUAAAAAAAAAUUUCGAUUCCGAUAACAGAAGUCUAUUUCAAGGAAAGUCCCGAUUGAAGCUAAAUAAAUCCAAGAAAGUGGAAAUAAUUAAUAAAAAAAUUAAAACCAAAUUAUCCCAUAAUUUAAACUUGCGUCAAAAAACGUAUAAAGGAAAAGCUACUCUGGAAAUACCUAUAGAUAUGACACAUGAGAGUAUUAGGCCACCCGAAUGUGAGACUUGUCACAAAUCAUUUUCACGUAAAGGUAAUCUAAAUAAACACACACGUUCAGUCCAUGAUCAGAGCAAACCUUUUGAAUGUAAUAUUUGUCACAAAACAUUUGGACAAAAAAGUUACUUAAAUAAGCACAUAAAUGCAGUGACCCUCAAUCGUCACAUAAAUGCAGUACAUAUAAGAAGCAAACCUUUGAAGCUCACAGAUAAUUUGGAGAAAAAGUAA